CCGAGGACAGUUCUGAAGCUACACCUGUCUGGUGAGUGUAAUACGUCUGUAGAGUCACUCUGACAGAUUCGUGAGCAUGGGCAAGAUCAUCUUCUACGAGGACAGGAACUUCCAGGGUCGCUCCUAUGAGACCAGCAGCGACUGCGCUGAGUUGACCUCCUUCCUGAGCCGCUGCAAUUCCUGCAGGGUGGAGAGCGGCUGCUUCAUGGUCUACGAUCGCUCCAAUUACAUGGGGAACCAGUACUUCCUGAGGAGGGGCGAAUACUCCGACUACCAACACAUGGGCAUGAGUGACUGUUUCAGGUCCUGUCGCACAAUUCCAAUGCACAGAGGACAAUUUAGAACAAGGAUCUACCAGAAGGACAACUUCGGUGGCCAGAUGUACGAGAUCAUGGAUGACUGUGACUCCUUCAUGGAUCGUUACCGCAUGCCCGAUAUCCAGUCCUGCAAUGUAAUGGACGGCCACUGGCUGAUGUACGAGCAGCCCAACUAUAGAGGCAAGAUGGUGUACCUGAGGCCUGGAGAGUACAGGAAUUUCAGAGACAUAGGCAUGAGCUCCACAAUGAGGUUCAGGUCUAUGAGACGCAUCAUGGAGUCUUGUUAAUAUCUACUGUUUGAGAAGUACGAUUUUUAAUAAAGGCUGUUGUACAACUCA